AACUCAGUGGAUAGGGAAGUGAAGACCGAAACCCUAAACCUUUUCCUUACGCGCCAGCUGCCGAUGUUCCUCCCAUUUUGACGACGAACUGGAUCGAAGCCGAAUCGGGGGUUAGGAAAAGUGAUUGGUUCAAUUUCCCAUGGCUGCUCUGGUUCGAUCUUCCAGAGCGCUGACGUCAAAGCUUCGGCGGUAUCUUCUCCGUCGACCCUAUCCAUCAAUCUCUCCUUCAUCUUUGCUGGGUUUUGAUCCGUCGGGAGAGAUCUAUCCAUUCAUGUUUUUGGAUGAACGCAAAUUUUGUUCCCAGUCUCGCCAUGAUGGCCGAGGUGGUGGGAUAGAUUUGAGCCAAUACCCGCCCGAACGGAUUCGGAACUUCUCCAUCAUCGCCCACGUCGAUCAUGGAAAAUCCACACUUGCAGAUAGGCUUUUGGAGCUUACGGGCACCAUCAGGAAGGGACACGGCCAACCUCAGUACCUUGACAAGCUUCAGGUAGAAAGGGAGAGGGGCAUAACAGUCAAAGCACAGACAGCAGCUAUGUUCCAUAGACAUGUUGUAGAUCACCUGUAUUCUUCUGAUGCACAAAUGACACCUACUUAUUUAUUAAACCUGAUUGACACUCCUGGUCAUGUGGAUUUCAGCUAUGAGGUAUCGAGAUCUCUUGCUGCUUGCCAGGGUGCGCUUUUAGUUGUUGAUGCUGCUCAAGGAGUUCAGGCACAGACAGUUGCUAACUUUUAUCUUGCAUUUGAAUCUAAUUUAAGUAUAAUCCCUGUGAUAAACAAAAUCGACCAACCUACUGCUGAUCCAGAGCGUGUUAAAGCUCAGUUGAAGUCAUUGUUUGAUCUUGAUCCAAAAGAUGCCCUUCUAACUUCUGCAAAAACUGGUCAAGGGCUUGAACAAGUCUUACCUUCUGUUAUAGAGCGCAUACCUCCUCCUCCUGGAAAAUGUGACUCACCUUUGCGAAUGCUUUUGUUGGAUUCCUAUUAUGAUGAGUAUAAAGGCGUAAUUUGCCAUGUUGCUGUGGUUGAUGGCACUCUUCGCAAAGGGGACAAGAUUGCUUCUGCAGCAACUGGUCAAAGUUAUGAGAUAUUAGAUGUUGGCAUAAUGCAUCCAGAACUUACUUCUACUGGAAUGUUAUUUACUGGACAGGUUGGUUACAUUGUUAGUGGGAUGCGUUCUACAAAGGAGGCACGGGUUGGUGAUACACUGCACUAUGCCAAAAGCACUGUUACACCUCUUUCAGGUUUCAAGCCUGCAAAGCACAUGGUUUUUUCAGGGCUUUAUCCAGCUAAUGGAUCUGACUUUGAUGCUCUCAAUCAUGCAAUAGAGCGAUUAACUUGCAAUGAUGCAAGUGUAUCAGUCGCCAAAGAGUCUAGUACUGCACUUGGGAUGGGUUUCAGGUGUGGCUUUUUAGGCUUGCUUCACAUGGAUGUCUUUCAUCAGCGGCUUGAGCAAGAGUAUGGAGCUCAGAUCAUAUCUACAAUACCUACUGUACCUUACAUAUUUGAGUUCUCAGAUGGAAGUAAGAUACAGGUUCAAAAUCCUGCUGCACUUCCUUCAACUGCUGCAAAACGUGUCACUGCUUGUUGGGAACCUACUGUCAUUGCCACCAUUAUAAUUCCAACUGAGUUUGUCGGGCCUAUUAUCACACUUUGUUCAGAGAGGAGAGGAGAGCAGCUGGAAUAUUCUUUUAUCGACAGUCAGAGAGCACUCAUGAAAUACCGAUUGCCAUUAAGGGAAAUUAUUGUUGACUUCUAUGAUGAGUUAAAAAGUAUAACAUCGGGAUAUGCUUCAUUUGACUAUGAGGAUUCUGAGUAUCAAAAAUCUGAUUUGGUUAAACUUGAUCUCCUCCUCAAUGGGCAACCAGUUGAUGCCAUGGCGACAAUUGUCCAUAACCUUAAGGCACAAAGGAUUGGCCGAGAGUUGGUGGACAAACUAAAGAAAUUUAUAGACAGACAUAUGUUUGAGAUAACAAUACAAGCUGCAGUUGGAUCAAAAAUUAUUGCAAGGGAGACCCUUUCAGCAAUGAGAAAGAAUGUCCUAGCGAAGUGCUAUGGUGGGGAUAUCACCCGUAAGAGGAAACUUCUGGAGAAGCAGAAGGAAGGAAAAAAGCGCAUGAAGCGUGUGGGAUCUGUUGACAUACCACAAGAGGCAUUCCAUGAGCUCUUGAAGACCUCUUGAGCAUAAGAUAGGGGAAUUGCGUUUUCAAGGACCUCCCUCUGGGAAGAUGUCUCAAUUUCAGUCCAGCAAUCAAUCCAGGGAACCACGUCGUUAAUCUUCUCAGUUGCAGCACUUCUGCUUCGAUUAGCAUUAUCAAGUCUCUUGGUCAUUUUUUAUCCUUUUUUUUGGGUAAGAUCUUUUUAACUUUAACAAGCUUGAUCUGAAUAAUAUUAAUUUUAUUCGUGUGAGAUUGGAGUAUUAGAAUUAUGUGGUUCACUAGCUAUAUCUUGUGAAUUUUGUCCAACAUUAGGUAUUUUAGUUGUAGGUGUUUAUGUUGAGUCACAAUAACCUUCCUUAAUGACACCAAUAUAAUAUUUGUUCUUCAAAUUUUAGAGUUCACGUUUUUGUAAUAAUAACGUCCAUUACUCAGAUUUUUUUUUUGCAUGUGCUUUUCCAGGUAGUUCUUUUGUAUUCGAAGGAAGGGGUUAUUGUAAGUCCUCGAGAUAUUCAAAUGACAAGUUUGUUAUUUCCUUUUCAGAAAAUGUACAAAAGAUUUCAAAUGACGAUGCUUGGAUGCGAAGAUC